AUGAUAAGAGAGAUGGAUAAUAGACAUGAUUGCCGUGAGCGACCGAAACAGAUAGUGACGCCACGCAAUGAGACGGAGAUGCGUCUGACACCAGGAUUUACGUCAGUCAAGAAGAAUUGCUACACGCCAAUGUGGAACGAGCAAAUUGUUUUCACGGAAAUGUUCCCGCCGUUAUGCCAGCGGAUCAAAAUUCAGCUAAGAGACAAUGAUCCAGUGCAGCCUAAUAUCAUCGGCACCCAUUUCAUCGAUCUCAAAACGAUUUCAAAUGAUGGAGAGAGAGGCUUCCUACCAACAUUUGGCCCAACUUACGUUUAUCUGUACGGAUCUACACGAGAUUAUAGCCUAAUUGAUCAGCAUUCAAACUUAAACAAGGGUAUGGGUGAAGGUGUUUCUUACAGAGCUAGAAUUCUGAUAUCAAUUCGUACCGAGAUUAUGGAUAGCAUAGAAGGCCCAGCGUCUGAAGUUGAAGUUGAACCGAUAGCUCCUAUUAAUAUGUCAUCAUUUGAAAAGAAUGAAGAAUUUUUUCUCUUUGGUAGUAUUUUUGACGCUAACAUGAUCGACAAACACCUUGUCGACAAGCCGUUGCAAUUUGAACUAAGUGUCGGUAACGCUGGUAAUUCACUCGAUGGACAUAAUGAGUCUGUCAAGAGACCUCACGAUUUGGAAUGUGAACAACUUGAUGAAUUAAGUGCCGAUACGGGGUACUGGCAAAGUGUUACUCAACCAACUAAAGCGACUUCAGCAGAUAAGAAUUAUUACUAUCUUCCAUACUGGGAUCAUAAACAGUGUAUGCACGUUCGCAGCAUUUGGCCUGAUCAUCGCAGACGCAUGUAUAACUCCAACAUGAUUUCGAAUAUCGUGGAUAAAUUUGAAGAGGGGCUGUCAGAUGUUCAAAUGGCUAUUGAGGCUGACGGUGGACCGAAUAACACAUGCGUAGCAGCCCUAAAAUCUUCUCUGGAAUCCGUUAGCAAAUCCUGUGCUGCUUAUGUUCACCAUAUGAGUAGUUCUCCACCCAUCGGCAAUACUAAACUUGAUCGGGAGAGACUUAAAAUGUGUAUCUAUGAAGUUGACCAGAUAAGUGCUUUGACGAAAAAUCUAAGGGCACUCAUUACGAAACAUUCUAUCAAAGACCGCAUCAGUACUGCUUUCAAUUAUUUGAAGAGACUUAAACAAAUCUGCGAAGAUUCACAGCCAGCAAUGCCUGAUGUGUUUAUAUGGAUGAUAAGUAACGGAAAGCGCUUAGCUUACUACCGAAUUCCAGCCAGAGAUAUUAUUUACUCUGAAUAUUCUGAAGAGUCUGGUAAAUUCUGUGGAAAAAUGCAGACACUGUUUCUGAAGUGGCCCGGGAAAAAGGCAAGCACACCAAGAGGAUGGACCAUUCCAGCUAUGAUUAGAGUAUACCUCUGGUUAGGGAUCUUGCAAGACAAAAAACAUUAUAUUGAUGGCCUUCCUCAUGGUUUUGAAAUUAGUUCGGAGAUACGAAAUGCUGAGAAGUUACGAUCAAACGCUCCGAAUACUAUAUUUUAUGCAGAAAAACACAACUUUCAAAUGCGGGCAUAUAUUUAUCAAGCUAGAUCUUUAAUUGGUUCAGACUCCUCUGGUUUAUCUGAUCCUUUUGCCAGAGUCAUAAUUGGAGAUAGUACUUCAACCACUCAAAUAAUAGAUGAAACUUUGAGUCCUACUUGGGACGAGCUACUUAUAUUUGAUGACAUAUUACUAUACAGUACUAUUGAACAAAUUAAAGUAGACCCACCCACAAUUGUCAUAGAAAUAUUUGAUCAAGACAAAGUUGGUAAAUCAGAGUUUAUAGGACGCACAUUAGCUAAACCAGCGAUUAAGGCCUUUGAAGAUAGUUAUAAAAGACCACAAUUUCCACCAUCUUUAGAAUGGUAUGAAAUUACUAGAGGUGAUGAUAGAGCGGGUGAACUAUUAGCCACUUUUGAAUUGCUUGAGAUUCCACCCAAACAAGAUGCAUCCAUUUUACCUGAGCUCCCUUCACCAAGAGAACCUAGUGGAAAGCCUCCAUUUGACAUGAAUAAAGGCCCUAUUUUGCCAGUACCCAAAGGAAUACGCCCAACGCUUUCGAAGUAUCGUAUUGAAGUCCUAUUUUGGGGCUUACGUGAUUUGAAACGCGUUCAUUUACUAACGGUAGAUAAGCCAAGAGUUGACAUUGAGUGUGCGGGAAAUAUUUUAUAUUCUACUCUUAUACAAAAUGCUCAACGUAAUCCAAACUUCACAAAACCUGUGAAAUAUGUAGACGUGGAAUUGCCGGAUCAGGAAUUGUAUAGACCGCCGUUGACAAUUCGAGUAGUCGAUUGUCGCAGUUUUGGCAGAAUGACAUUGGUUGGAACACAUACCAUUAAUUCCAUUCAUAAGUAUAUAUACACACCAAUGAGUAAGCGUGAAAAGGAAAUCGAAAAGCGAAAAAAAUCUUUAAUCCAAUUGCAAAACGUGGAUUUGCGCAGAAACUGCUUAAUUCAAGACGAUAUUUUAACAAUUGAAAAUGAGAAAGAGAGCUCUCCACUUUUAUUGCAUAACGAUCGUCAUACUAUCUCAUAUGGCUCUAACAUUAAAACAGGAGCUCGCAAGAAAAUAAUGAAACGUGAAACUAGUAAGAAACGCAAAGUCAGCACUGAUUCAGUAUUAGAAGAUGACGAAAAUAGCAAAGAUUGGUGGACAAAGUAUUUUGCUUCUGUUGGAUCAAUGAUUGAAGAAGAAAAGGAAGCAAAAAGAGAGAGGGCGGGGUUUCUCCGAGCGCCCUUGUCUUCAAUUGCAGAUGAUUAUAGAUGUACUCAUGAAGACUGGAAUUCAUCACAGGUACAACAUGAACGCCAUACACGACAAAAAUCACACUCUCCUAGAAUAAAGAUAAGUCCUAUAUUGUCAAAGAAAAAUGAAAUACCAAGAUCAGCUUUGACUAAGGUUUAUCCUCAUGAGUUGGAAGCGGUACCAGAAUAUGAAGAAUUUAAAGAGUGGUUACAUUCAUUUGAAUUGUACCGAGGAAAAAAGACUGGUGAUGACACCGAAGACGAAAACCGUGUAGUCGGUGUUUUUAAGGGGGCUAUAAAAUUUUACAAGUGGCCAAUACCAAAGGAAAUCGACGAUCAUACUGUAAUGGGAUUUGAUCCAAAUCACGGAUUUUUCCAAGGAGUCCCGAGUAACGAACCAAUCCAUGUUUUAGUUAGAGUUUAUAUAGUGAGAGCCACUGAUUUACAUCCAAUGGAUUUGAAUGGAAAGGCCGAUCCAUAUAUUGCAUUGCACAUGGGCUCUAAAAGAAUAAGCGAUAAAGAAAAUUACGUGUCAAAACAAUUAAAUCCGGUUUUCGGAAAAUGUUUUGAAAUUGAAGCGACCUUUCCACAGGACUCCAUGCUGACGAUUCAAGUUUUAGAUUGGGACUUGCUUGGAUCUGACGAGUUGAUUGGAGAAACGAAAAUUGAUCUUGAAAAUCGUUUUUACAGCCGACAUAGGGCAACAUGCGGACUGCCCAAGAAAUAUGAAGAGCAAGGUUAUAAUAAAUGGCGCGACGCGAUGAAACCAACACAAAUUUUAGCAAAGCUUUGCAAAGAUGGAAAAUUGGACCCACCAAUUUACGAGCACGAACAAGUUAAAAUCGGAUGUGCUAUAUUCAACAUGCCAAUAGACGACAUUGAACUCUUUUCCAACCCUGAUACCAUUGAAGAACAAAUGGCGUUGGUUGUUCUUCACCGCUGGCAAGAAGUACCGCGUGUUGGCACAAGUCUGGUUACUGAGCAUGUGGAAACCCGACCUUUGUAUAAUCCCAACAAACCGGGUAUCGAGCAAGGACGCUUAGAGAUGUGGGUUGACAUGUUUCCAAUGGACAUGCCUCUUCCGGGACCACCAUUGGAUAUAUCGCCCCGUAAACCUAAACCAUACGAGAUGAGAGUUAUUAUAUGGAAUACAGAUGACGUAGUUUUGGAAGAUGAUGCUUUCUUCACCGGCGAAAAGAUGUCCGACAUUUAUGUGAAAGGUUGGCUUAAAGGCCCUGAUGAUUGUCAGUGCACGGAUAUACAUUAUCGGUCCCUAACUGGAGAAGGCAACUUUAACUGGCGUUUCAUUUAUCCAUUCGAUUAUUUGGAGGCUGAAGAACGCAUUGUGAUUUCUAGAAAAGAAUCAGUUUUUUCUUGGGAUGAGACUGAAUGCAAAAUUCCGGCUCGCUUCGAGCUGCAAGUGUGGGAUUCAGACCAUUUUUCUGCUGAUGAUUUCUUGGGAGCUAUUACACUAGACUUGAAUAGAUUCCCCCGUGGGGCAAAAUCAUCUAAGUUAUGUACUCUGGAUAUGCUUAGUAAUGACGGCAGGGUCCCAAUGGUAAACAUAUUUAAACAAAAGCGCGUAAAGGGCUGGUGGCCUUUCUACAUUAAACGUGACAAUGAGAAAAUGGAACUAACAGGCAAAGUAGAGGCAGAAAUACAUCUCUUAACACGUGAAGAAGCUGACAAAUUACCAGCUGGUCUAGGACGCAAUGAACCGGAUCCUUUGGAUAAACCAAACCGCCCGGAUGCAUCUUUUAUGUGGUUCCUCAAUCCGCUUAAAUCCAUCCGAUACAUCGUCUGGCAUAAUUACAAGUGGACAACAGUGAAGGUAUCUGCAGUGAUAUUUGCGGCCGUCAUGAUACUGUUGCUCGUUUAUGCAGUCCCAGGAUAUACAGUCAAGAAACUCCUAGGAGCUUAA